GCCGAGGGCAGUGUGAAAACGGCACUGUCCCCGCAAAGAAAAGCAGACCCCUCGCCGCCGCGUACCUCCUCGUUGGAGCACGAUCUUGCUGGACGUCGCCGCAUUCCCAAAUCCGUUAGGCAAUGGCGCCCCCUCUCCUCUCGCCACCGCUGCUUGCCGACGCACUCGCGACGCCGCCGCGGUCUUUCCUCUGCUCCCGCCCAACGCGGCAACUGCCAACCGUCGGGCUCGCCGGAGCCGUACGUGGCGACCGGGGGAGAUGGAGUGUGCGGAGAAGGGAUCCCAGGGUAUUUGCCACCUCCACGGAAGCGGAUCGUGAAAGGUCGGAGGAGGAUGUCGCCGACGAUUACUAUUCCGUUCUGGGUGUGAUGCCAGAUGCAACCCCUGAGGAAAUUAAGAAGGCAUACUACAGUUGCAUGAAGGAGUGCCACCCUGACCUUAGCGGGGACCACCCUGACGUGACAAACUUCUGCAUGUUCAUCAACGAAGUUUACUCGGUGUUGAGUGAUCCAGCACAGCGUGCUGUGUAUGAUGAGAUCCAUGGGUACACAGCAACAGCAAUCAACCCUUUCUUUGAUGACAGUGCACCGAAGGAUCAUGUGUUCGUUGAUGAGUUUACCUGCAUUGGAUGUAAAAACUGUGCCAAUAUUUGCCCUGGAGUCUUUCAAAUUGAGGAAGACUUUGGGAGGUCAAGAGUCUAUUCCCAGUCAGGUAGCACAGAGCUAAUUCAAGAUGCCAUUGAUAGUUGCCCAGUUGAUUGUAUUCACUGGACUUCCGCUGCACAGCUGUCACUCCUCGAGAACGAGAUGCGUAGAGUAGAGAGGGUGAAUGUUGGUUUGAUGCUUGCUGGUAUGGGAGCUUCCAUCAAUGUUUUCCGGAUGGCAAGUGCUCGUUGGGAAAAGAGGCAAGCAAAAGUCUUGGAGAAAGCCAGAACACGGAUGGUGAAACAGGAGACGUCAGACACGAGGAGCUCUUGGAGCGAGGUCUGGGCAUCAUCCCCACCACGAGACGACCAAAGCAACGGCGGUAAUGAUGGGGAAGCAUCGGAGAGGGCCAAGAGAGCAGCAGCUGCUGCCAGGCGGUGGCGAGAGUUCUCCAGGCGAGGUGCGGACAGGCCUCCAACGCACAAGCUUCCCGAGGCAGUGGGCAACAAGGAUUAGUAGUAGUAGUAAAUUUGAUCAUAUUGGCUAAAUGUACAGUGCCAUUGUCUGUAGAGGCUUGCAGUGCCUUCCCAGCUUUGCACGCACUCAUGUGCUCCAUUUGUAAAAUCUAGGUGAGUAGGUAUAUAGUGAUGUUGAUAACCUGAACCUGUACGUAGAAGACAACAAGCACCCAGUGCUGCAGAACAAAGGUCAAACAUGUACAAUACAAUAGAACGAAUACAAGUGUAUACAUACAUUCGCUGUACCAUCGCGGUACGUAGAA